CAAAUAUGGCGCCGUUCGUGUUCUAAAAAUGCGGUGAAAAACUGCGCACAGGCUUUUUAGGGAGGUUAAACAGAAAGUUUACGCUUCGCCGGGGUGGUUAACCGAUGGCGGAUGACAUAGUACACCUUGUUCCGAGGGCCGAGGACGCUGACGAGGAGGAAGACUCGGCGUCUGCCUCUGCGAUGGACGUCUCCUAUGACACUUCGCUGCCAGCGCAGCACACUUACCUCGGUAACGACAUGGAGGAUCUCACGGGCAGGACGGUCUUCGAAGAAGACAGCCUGCAAACGAUACCUGUACUGACAUCCCAUGACGUCAUACUGGUGCCAGGCCAGAUCUUGCCUCUUCAGAUAUUUCGACCCUUGGAGAUAUCGAUGAUGCACAGAAUUAUAGAAAACGAUCGGACUUUCGGCAUCGUUGGCGAAAGCGCGAGUAGCAAUUCUCCACAGCCGCUAGGCACUACUGCUGAAAUACGAUCCUACAAAGAGGAGGUUGAUGAGUUGUCCGGCGUAGCAACACUUGUGGUGAAAGCGGAAGGUCGACAGAGGUUCCGCAUUAUCAGCUCCCGCACAAGAAGUGACGGCAUUCUCAUGGCUAGCAUUAAAAUACUCCCUGACAAGCCCACCGCCGACGUCGGUGAAGCCGCUCGACUUCCAAGCCUAUCGAGAUUUAAGGGGCGCUCCACGUCUCAGUACGCUCUGAGCGAGCGACACAAAGACCCUUACGGGUUCUCCCACAUGACGGCCUGGCCCUCCUGGGUGUACCGACAGUACGACGCCAACCUACUGGUUUCGAAAAUAGAGGCAGAGUUGCGCGAGUGGACGGAAAAUUUUGCCACCUUGAGCCUACCCCGCGACCCGUGUCGCUUUUCAUACUGGGUCGCGAGCAGUCUUCUCCUUGACGACAAACUCCGCCUGGAGAUGUUGUCUUACGACAACCCUGUACAGCGACUGCGAUGUGAACUGUCCAUUCUUCGUGACUGUCGCGUGCUGACUUGUAAGGAGUGCAACCAGAAGAUGGCCGACAGGAGCGAUGUGUUCAGCAUGUCUCAGAGCGGACCACAGGGCGCUUACGUAAAUCCUCAUGGAUAUGUACACGAGAUGAUAACUGUGCGCAAAGCCACUGGCGUAUACUUGAAUGGUCGACCGAGCACGCUGUACAGCUGGUUCCCAGGUUAUGCAUGGACGAUCCUGCAGUGCAGUGGUUGCCACUGCCAUGUUGGAUGGAAGUUUACUGCUUCCAACAAGGCCCUCUUACCAAAGAAGUUUUGGGGUUUAUGCAGAGCUGCAAUAAGGCCGGCAUUGCAAACUGAAAGGCGCUCAUCUUAAGAAAUAUGUGGUUGCAGUCUUGGAGCCUUGACACGAGAGCCUAGUCACGUGCUUAAGCCCUCUGUAAGAGCCCCACCUUGUAUGUCGCCUUACCUUCUACCUUGAAGGAGCAAGGUCUGGUCAACUGAUUACUUAGCCAAGGAUGCGUGCAGAAAAUCAAUUGAGCCUGACUUGCCUUGUCUGCGCACGUGCCAUCGUCCAGUCAGGCCUCCACCACGUGGUGUUUGCAUACCGCCUGAUUGAAAUGGACAGACAAAGCAACAUCUAGCAACCGCAUGGUCACUCCCAGGUUACGAACACAAUGGAUAUGCCCCUCGAACAGAGCAAGUAUACAUGCACCAGCAAAAGAUAAAUCUUCCUCUCCUCCCUUCUCCUUGUCCUGCUAUCUAUGUCUUUGCAAUUGCCUUGCCUUGUGUGAAGGAGGUUUGUUUACGGUGUACAAAAAAAUACUGAUGCCUCUGGUAUAAUAACUUAGCCUCAUUAAGGAGGUUUUUUGACCAUGAGGUCAGGAUAAUUUAGCUACUCCAUUUCCCAAGUCCUCCACAUAAAUGUGUGCAUGCUUGCGCUAUCUGAGUACCACAUCUUAUAUUAGCUGUUGAUGUGUGGGGUGUGUGACUGCAGAACGUUUUCUGUUGCUGAAUGAUUGGAGCACCUACUCUCUAUGCCUGUGUGAUUUGCAACUAUUUUCCAAGAAUGCCUAGGAACAUAGAGCAGGAAGAGAGAGCUUUUGUAGGAGCAGUCUCUCCUGCUUCUUUUUUUGGCCUGGUGCUGACUGUAAUAGGAUCUCGUAGUGGACACUUUGACCUAAAAUUCUAAGUGUUAGCAUUACUACACUUGCAGAAAUCUAGCUUUUGAUGCUCUGCAUUGUCUCUUGUAGUACAGAGUUUUGUAACUCCAAUGGAGUUAACAGCUGCACUACCUGCAGUGCUACAUAACAGCUGUGUUAGCAAAAGUUGCAGUGGUGAUCGUCUUUCAUAUGGGAACACUGUGGGUACUUGCAUUGUUAGGCUGCAACAACAUUCUAGAAUGUGCAGUGUGCUGUCAUUGGUUGCAAUCUGUUAUUGUUUUCACAGAUUGCCUCACUGUAAUUAAGUGAUACCCUUUGGCAUGCUUGUAUUGUCAAAGAUAUCAAGUAGCGCAUCAGCACUAAUAGGGGCAUAAUUGAACAAAACCAUGCAUAAGAAAUCAAAGUCCACAAAGACGUGUCUGAGUGCAUGAGCGUUGGAGUGUACUGUCUAUAACAAAAUAGUAUGGUUGGUCUUUGAUUUGUUUGAUCACUCUGGCCACGAUACCUGAUUCGGAAAGAAAUUAACUCACUUUACAACCUUUUUUAAAGACCAAGACAAGUGCAACUCCUAUUGUGACACAAUGACAAACUGCAAGCUGUACGGCACGAUGCCUUCCCCCGUUUCAAGGAUCACGCAUUGUCAUCCUUCCCAAAGCAUUGGCACUCAGCAAGUCACAAUUGUCUUCAACAUACAUUUUUUGCCGCAUUGUAGUCAGUAUGGCAGGUCUGCCCCUAAAAAACAAGUUUACCUUAAAACACACAUGCCACAGUGAACCUUCAGCAUCCUGCAAUGAGUGUUGACAAACUGACACCUUCCUGCCAUUUGAUGUCAUUCAGAGUGGAAAGGUGGUAAUUACAAGCUGAGUUACCGCAAAGGGAAACAUUAUAGUCCAGGCCAACACUUCAGUUAUGUGCCAUAAAAAACAGGCAUGAGAGAAGAUUGAACACUGGCUCACUUGUACUCUGGUCUCUGCUGAUCACAUUGCUUGCAAAAUUGUCAGGCUUCUUGUGCACCGUUGAACGUGUCAAGGCACCAUUGUUUUUAAUUUUUUCAUUGUGCACGCAUGUUGUGUUUAGCCACGUAAAAAGGACUACAGCAAGUAAGAAGGUAUAGCUACCCUGAGCAGGCUUCUGCACUUUACUAAAUAUGUGCAUGUCACCAUGUAUUAAUGUACUGUAAAUUGUGCUGAGACAUUUAGCAUAUACUGCUCUUGUACAUACAGUCCUCUCAUGAUUGUAGCUCCACAGUUGUCACCCUUAGUCAGGCUUUAGUUGCAAAUUACUUGCAGACUACCGAGCCUUUUCAAUUGCUGCAAGAAUGUACAGUCACAUGCAAUUUGAGCUGCAACAUGGUGCCCGGGUUCAGAAGGGCCCCAAGACGGCAUGGCAACAUCGACAUAUGAAUAAUUGGAGAACUAAAUAAUACUGUUGCAAUUACUGGUAUUGUACAAAUUCUUCAUAUGUUGCUGCUGCCGUGCAAUCUGGGGGCCCUUUUGAACAGGUGCACCAUAUUGCAGCUCAUUUUGUAUGUGAUUGUGCAUCUGUUGCAAUAAAUAAAAUUGAGUGAGUACAUCCAUGUGCAUAAACAUAACUUAUUUGUGUUUACAGUCAACAUUCUGCAUGUUCAGAUUUGCUAAGGAUCUUGUUGCACACCCUCUAACUUGCCACAAAACCCAUAAUAUGAGUGCUGUCACAUUUCUGAAGGUGAUAUGUUGAUUACCAUUCUGUGGGGGUGCACUUCAUCGCUAUAUGCAGUGCAUGUUUGUAUUGUCUGCCUCUGAAAAGAAUGUGAGAGCCCAGUAUAAUAUUUUUGUCAGAAAUUAACUAAUUUUUUCAGGUUCCUGCAGUUUGUUUCUUAGACAAAAAGACCAUGAGGAUAAAACGACCCGCAUGACAUGACAUUGCUCUCAUAAAUGGGAAUGAAAGUGUGAUUGUGUCAUACUGUGCGACAACAGUUGUGUAUGACUGAGCUUAAAUUAUGCAAUAAAGUGCAGUGCUUGAGAAAAA